AUGGAUCCGAAGCACGAUCUCGAGAAAGCACAGCAGAAGGGCUCGGAAUCUUCAAGCGAUGUAGUCGUCGUCGAGACAGGAGAUUCAAAUAAAAAACUUCUGCUGUGGCGAUGGCUUGCGAAAUGGGGUGUGGAGGUUCGAGGAAUCGACCCUGUGCCUGUUGAUGAGAGGAUCAAGACGAAUUACCACACCAUUUUCUUUAUGUGGAUGGCGAUUCUGUGUAACCUUCUUCCAAUUGUAACCGGCAUGGCGGGUACUUUGAGCUACGGACUGAGUGUGCGGGAUACGUCGCUCGUUAUCAUAUUUUUCAACAUGCUUUGCUGCAUUUUGACUGCUUUUCUGGGGACAUUGGGACCUAGGACAGGAAUGCGGCAGGUCAUUCAAGCACGAUAUAGCUUUGGGCCAUAUUGUGUCUCUAUUGUUGCCAUUCUCAAUCUGAUUUCUGUCGUUGGCUUCACAGUCAUUGCGAUCAUCAUCUCUGGUCAAACACUGUCUGCUGUGAGCGACGGGAAGAUGACCAUCACCGUUGGCAUUGUCUUGACGGGAUUACUCGGCAUGGUUGUAUCGUUCUGCGGUUACUCGGUUCUUCAUCUCUUCAACAAGUACUCUUGGGCGAUUACCAUCAUUUCAAUUGUUAUUGCUGUCGGUUGUGGAGGUCACCACUUCAGUGAUCCUGUUCCUACCGAGCCUGCCGCGGCGUCCACCAUCCUAAGCUUUGGCUGCUUGGUUGCAGGGUUCACUCUCCCAUUCGCUGGAAUCAUGUCAGAUUUCGCAGUGUACUAUUCUCCUGAAGCUCCCACGAAAAGAAUGUUCUGGUACGUCUACGUCGGACAAAACCUCCCCACAAUCCUCCUCAUGAUUCUCGGUGCCGCCAUUGGUGCCGUCGUCCCGAAUGUCGAAAGCUGGAACGAUGGCUACAAUAGCUACUCUGCCGGAGGAGUCCUCGAGGCCAUGCUGCGUCCGGCACAAGGGUUCGGCAAAUUCAUCGCUGUUCUCCUCGCCUUCUCACUGAUAGGAAACGUCGCUGCCUCCAUGUAUACCAUCUCGCUGAACUUCCAAGCACUAGCUACACCACUCGCGCGCGUGCCUCGAUCCAUAUACACAAUCAUCACAACUGCUAUCAUGAUUCCAGUGGGUAUCAAAGCUGCAGAGAGUUUCUUCAACUCUCUUGAAAACUUCUUGGGUAUUGUGUCGUACUGGCCGGGUGCUUUUGGUGCUAUUGUUACGCUUGAGCAUUUCUAUUUUAGAAAGGGGGAUGCUUCGACGUAUGAUCAAGCGAUUUGGAAAGAUCGUAGCCGGCUUCCGCCUGGGAUUGCUGCUAUUAGUGCUGGCAUACUGUCGUUUGGUAUCAUUGUUCCUUGCAUGGAUACAGUGUGGUUUGUGGGUCCUAUUGCCCAGACGACGGGGGAUAUUGGGUUUGAGACUGGUUUUGUGGUGACUGCGCUUUUGUAUGUUCCGUUUAGGACCCUGGAGCGUCACAUCUUCGGAAGGUAG